CACAGAAAAUGUCACACAAUUUCUCGUUUUUUUUGCACGUCAGUUCCUAAUAUUUGUCAUACGUAAACAAUUAUGGCGCAUUGGUUUCAUCGUAAUCCUUUGAAGGCAACUGUUAAUGUUCGUUUUGCCAUAAAAGUGUUUUCUAAUGACGGCCAAGCACUUAAAAUAUGCAGUGAGUUGACACAAGCUCGGAACAGUCUAUUGGAGUUGCUUUGUGAUCCAAAUCAUACUGUGACUGCUGUAGAAACUGCACUAAACAACUACCUGGCACUACUUCAGGGUCUUUUUAUUGCUGCAGAUGAAAGGGGAGGAGAAAGCAAGUUAAGGUAUGCGCUUCGGUUCAGAUGGACAAAUUCCUUGCUGGGUAAUACUCCUAGCUCUCAGCAGGAUGUGGUGUUUGAACUGGUUUCUGUGUGUCAGAACACAGCCAUAUGGUUAAUGAAGCAUGCUGCUGUGAAUGCAGGAAAAGAUGAAGUUGCAAUGGAAGAAGCUAAAGAAAUUCACAAGUGUCUUCGUAAGGCAGCAGGAAUUUUUCACUCGAUACAGGAACAGUAUGUGACACAACUGUUAGAGAAGCCAGAACCAGGUUCUGACCUAGACUCGCAUGUUAUAACAUGCUAUAUAAACCAGUGUACAGCAGAGGCUCAAGAAGUGACUAUUGCUCGAGCUAUUGAGUUGAAGCACUCACCAAGUCUGAUAUCAGCUUUAUCAAAUGAAACAUACAAAAUGUAUAAUGCUGCUGCUGAUACAAUAAGUAGUCUUGAUCCAAGCAAGUUUGGAAAAUGGAAGAAAUACUUUCAGCUCAAGUCUCUUUUCUACUUGGCCUAUGCCUACUGCUAUGCUGGAGAAAAUCUUCUAGCCCAAGAAAAAUGUGGUGAAGCAAUACGUGCCUUGCAAGAAAGUGAUAAGUACUAUACACUAACUGGAAAGCUGUGUAAAGAUUAUGCCCAUACUAAAGGACCAGGUACAAGUGCCAAACCAGAGCAACAUCUCUUUUUCAGAAAACUGGGACCAGUAGUCAAGAGAACAUUAGAUAAAUGUGAACGUGAAAAUGGAUUUAUAUUUCAUCAGCGUGUUCCAUAUGACCCACCAGAACUAGAACUGAAAGCAACUUAUGGUCUUGUUAGCCCAGAAGAGUUCAAGCUACCAACAAUUAGUCCACUAUGGACUCCAGUUACUUAUGCAGCUUUUGAUGUUUCACAAAUUAAUCCUCUGGAUCCUGCUAAUUCUAAUGCAGCAGCCAAAGCAGAAGGCGAGAUUCCUCCUGUUCAAGAAGUUAAUGUCCAGCCCACCAGCAAGGACCCCAAGAACACAAGUGGUUGUAAUAUCCAAUAAACUGUAACCUCACUAUUCAAGAAGAUAAUGUUAAAACCACUAUCAAGGGUCUAAACAACCCAUUGAUUGUAACUUCCAACAGUUAUUGAAAGGAAUAUGCGAACACUUUUCACUUAAGAUAUUAACUCUCACUUAAUCUUUUAGUUGUAACCUUGGUUAAAAGCUAAAGACUUUUUUUCUAAUACUUCAACUAUGAUCUGUGAUUUUCUUUAUUGUACAGUAUUUUAAAAUUUUUAUCAGUCUGAAAAUAAAUUCACUAAUUACCAUGAAAUCCUUUUUUAACCUUGCAUAAGCUCUUUUCUUUUACCAUAGGAUGACAAAUCUUUCAGCCAAAAAUUAGAACGACUCUUUAUUUAUACAUUUAUAUGUAGAAGUGUUAAAUUCUACUUUUAGUUAUACAUUUAUAAACAUAAUGUUUAAUUAUAUUCAUGAAAUGUGUAAUAAUCUAUUUACAUAAUGGUAUGCAAAUACAAUAAAAAAUGAAAGUUUAACAUGUUAAAAAACAGUCAACUUUUUAUAGCAAGCCAAGGUUGUAUUAUAGUAUCAUCAUGAUUUAGUAUUAUAGAUAUUGUAGGAUAUUUAAUAUAAUCAAAUGUGUAAAAAAUUAACCAAAAUAUUACUGUGGAACAUAUGUGCAUGUACUUUGUGUUUCUUGUAGUAUCAAGGUUGUUGGUGAAAUUUUUUUUACUCUGGUUUGUUGUAUAAUCUUCACAAGGUGUGAAAUUUCUCUUUGAAAACAUGUAUUAAAACUGUGUCUCUGUUUGUGUUGCAUUAAAUUCAGAGUCAAUUCCAAA